GUUAAGUGCUAAAAUGUCUAUUAUUUAUCGAUUAUUAAUACUAUUUUUACCUGACACUUAGGAUUAAUCUCUGUUAAUUUUAUACUGCUACAUGCUAAUAAUGGACCCGGUUGUUUGGAAACAAUGGGAAGAAGACGAAAUUUUCCGACACUUCCUGGAUGAAAAUUUUGAUGUUAAAGCUCAUGCGAAUAAAGCCAUUCAAGGUCAGGUUAUUUCUGAACAGUUGGGAAAAUUAGCAGAAGGUAUAAGUUUGUUAGACAAAGAAAUACAUGCCCAGAUUGUAACUCACCAUGAAGACUUGCUGUCUCAAGCUACGGGUGUGGAAACUCUGGAAGGCGUUCUACAAAUGAUGCAGACUCGCAUCCAGUCUUUGCUCUCAGCUAUGGAUAGGAUAAGAACAAAAGUUUGUGAACCAUACUCUAAAAUUCUGGCUCGAACAGUACAGCUAAGAAACCUGCAGGAAACAUGUGACCUAUUGAGGCGAAUUAUUCGCAUUAUGUACUUGAGCAGACGCCUACACAGUCAGUUGGAAGGGGGAGCAAGGGAGAUCACUAAAGCAGCACAAAGUUUAAAUGAACUGGAUUAUAUAUGUCAAGGUGUAGAUUUGAGUGGUGUGGAAAUUAUUGAUCAAGAUCGAAGGUUAGUGAAACAGGCAAGAAAAGAAGUUGAGACCCAGGCCCAGAAAAUGUUAGAACAAGGGAUGGCCACUCAGAACCAGACAGCUGUUGCCACAUCCCUGCAAGUGUUCUAUAACCUGGGCUCCCUGCAUACAGUUGUUGACCGUGUAGUGGCUGGAUGUCGAGCCACCCUUCACCAGCAGGUCAGGGCUUGUUUAGAUGUCCAAGCCUUGACCAUGGCUUCUGGAGGUUCUGCUAGAGCCCCAGGCCGUGCUGCCAUGCCUGCCCCCAGUAACAUCCCAGUGCUCAGAGCCAACAUGUGGACCAACAUGGAGAAACUAAUGGAUAACAUAUACUCAGCUUGUGUUCAGGUUCAACACCUUCAGAAAGUUCUAGUUAAAAAGAGAGAUCCAGUGUCACAUGUUUGUUUUAUUGAUGAGCUGGCGAAGCAUCAUCACAGUGAUGUGAAUAUCAUUCAGGCUUUCUGGGAGGAUGUCACAAAGAUGUUGACUCUUGAAUUCAACACUGCUGCUGAGCAUUCUUCAUUCCUGAAGCAGUCAUUUGAAGGGGAGUACCCUAAGCUUCUUAGGCUCUACAAUGACUUGUGGCGUCGGCUGCAGCAGUUUAGCAUAGCACUUAGUGUGACACCUAGUGCUGGAAAUGUCGAUAUUAUUCCAGCUGGUGAGACAGAGGAAGACUUCUUUGCCCAGACAGAGAAAGCCAGGCAGCAAUAUGAUUCUGAGAAAGUUUUACGUGAAACUCUAGCAACGUUUGAGAAUGCCUACCUGCGAAUGUCUUUGUCUAGACUCUUUGACAGCAUCAACCUUGUGUUUACAUCAUCGUCUUCUAACCCGCCCACACCAGAGGAAGUAGACAAUAUAGUCAAGACUAUAGCAAGUGAGUUGAAUGUAUCCAGUGGGGACACAAAGCUAAGUGUUACAGUAGCCAAGAAUGUAGCCAAGACUGUCAAACUGUUUUGUGUCAAGAGUGAACAGCUGCUGUCUACAGAUGGGGAGGCCAGUCAAGUUAUUGGACCUCUAUCAUCUGGCCAACUUCGUAAUGUGGGCGUAGUGAAUACAUUGUUUCUCUUUCAUCAGGCUGUAUCAAAAGUAUUGUCUGGCAUCUCUCACUUCCCCGAUGAAGCCCAACAGAGCAUCACAUCAUCACUAGAGUUCAUUGUCCAAUUGAUGGGCACAGCACUGCAGCCCCUGUUGUCCUCUAUAUCAGAUGCCUUAGAAGCUAUUAUAUUGACCAUACAUAGUGAAGACUUCUCUGGGCCAGCUCCCAGCAAGUCUGAAACAGAAGCCCCUUGUUCAGGUUACAUGAAAGAACUUCAAAGUUUUAUUGUCAGAUGCCAGUCAGAUUACUUGGCUCCAUUCAAAUGUAAAGAUUUUAUUCUUGACAGCAUCAAUCCCCUGGCUUGUCGGUGUGUGGAGCUCUUUGUCCGCCAUGCUAGUUUAGUGCGACCCCUUGGUGAUGGAGGUAAACUGAGACUGGCUGCAGACUUUGCUCAAAUGGAGUUGGCCAUAUCACCACUGUGCCGCAGGCCUGCAGAUCUAGGAAAAUCUUACAGGCUCUUGAGAGCGUUUAGACCAUUACUGUUUCAAACUCCUGAGCACAUUUCACAGAGUCCAGCACUUGGAGAAAUCAUUCCAUACAGUACAGUCUUGCAGUUUUUAUUUGCUAGAGCACCUUCUGAGCUGAAAUCUCCUCAUCAGGUGUCUGAUUGGUCAGUUAUCAGGUAUUCUCAGUGGCUAGAUGAUCAUACAGCAGAAACAGAUAGAUUGAAAAUAAUCAAGGGUGCCCUGGAAGCUUAUGCCAAACUAAUACGCCAGAAACAAGGCAAAGAAUACACAGCUGUCUACCCUAUCAUGUUAGACUUACUACAGAGAGGUUUACACUGAACUAUAUAAAACAGAUUUAUAUAAA